AUGAUUACACCAAGGUUUGAAGUAUCACAAAACGAUGAGUUUGUUAUUAUCAAAGUGCGAAUAUCAAACAUUCGGUUUUCCGCAAAGGCCGUAGAGAUGGUCGCCGAUGACGACAAGUUUAUUUUCUCGCUCCCGCCAUACUACCUUCGUCUCCGUUUUUCUGGUAGCAUAGUUGACGAUGAGCGUGCCAAAGCAGAAUUUGUUCCAAACGAGGAGAGUAUUCUGAUUCGAAUGCCAAAAUUGACCAAGGGAGAGGUAUUUUCGGACCUUGAUCUGCCUGCUAAACUUCUUGCAAGAAUUGAGAACACCGAAAAAAAGCGUCCUAUGAUAGAGGAAGUGGGCGAAACAGUCAAUUUGAAUUCAUUGGCCCAGGAGGCAGAGGACUUUGAUUGGGAGGUUGAGCAGGUAGAACAGCAGCAGGCCUCUCUUGUUCCGCAAUUUUUCUAUGGUUUCAAUAACCAGUACUCAAACAUGAUGGAAGUGUCUCUUUCGAACGGCAAUGACAUCAACGAGCUUUCGAAUCCCGACAAAAUGGACCCUGAUGAGCGCACUAAUGAACGAUUGAUCAAGGAAAACCUAAAGUUUGAUCCGGAAUACUACGCAAAUGAAUAUUUGACCCAGAAGUAUUUCCCGCAGGAGUCCAAUGUCAAGCAGGUUCUCUGCUGGGAAAAUCCAAUCCGCAUACAGCACAAAAAUCACAGCGAGAUCGAGUUCAGUACAGAAGAGCAGGAGCGGAUGAUGGAUCUCCCGCGAAAGUCGUAUUUGGUGGAUAAUGUGCGACCUCUUUACUACACUAUUGUGUGUCUGUUGUAUGGUUAUCUGUACGAGCUUCGACAAAAUGAGGGCGAGUUGACAGUGGAAAGCAGCUGGACCGUGGGUAAACUUGUGCCUCAAUUAUGUUGUUUGGACGCUCAGUUAAUUCAGUCGAAUAAUAAGACCGAAACAAAUAUGCUUCGAGUGAUAGCUCUCACAAUGGCCCGACGCAGUCUCUGCUACCCACUAAUUCGCAAUUUUGAGCUGGUGACAGCUGUAUGGGAAGAUGUCUACUGUACAUUAAGAUGCGGCAGCAAAGCAGUGUUGAAAGCCCUGCUUGCUUGUCGAGAACUGUUCAGAUUCCACGAUAUCUAUUACAUAUAUUGCAAGAUCUGGCUCGAUGACCUGUGCUCCUGGACAUUGAACAAUGCAAGCGACACCGUGCUGAGAAAUUUGGGCCAUGAGUUGCGCAAAACCGUGGCCGAGAUAAAGAAACAGGAGAUUGUCUUUGAAAAAAUUCUGGCCGAGGACUCAGAGGAGCUGGAAUUUGUGAAUCUCACAGAUAUCGAAGAGCUCGCUGAGAUCUCAUACAGCGAGUCGAAUGCGGCUUCUAGUUAACGGGCGACACUAGUGAGACGUCUGCUGAGAGCUGUCUACUGUGCUUUUUUUCUGGCGUGGUGUCCAGCGCAGGAAUGACGAUCUCUGGCGCAGGAGAAUGACGUUUUCUUCGCGAGUCGUGCUCUAAAUCUUCUGGAAUCGACACCUCUGGCGGCAGCGAAAUGGUUCUUUGAUGUCUUCCGCGUCGCACGUCGUUGACGGCAAUUGGUUGCUUGCCAUUAAGCAACGAUGAGACCGCGUGGGCACCGAUUUUUGACGGAGACAGCUGGUGUCUAGGGUUCAGAGUUGUUUUGCGUUGAGCCGAGCCUGAUCCAAACUUGAAGCUGGCCAUGGGGUUAGGUUCCGCCCUGCUUGGAGCGGGCAACGUUCCUGACCUUUCGGGAACGAGAACGGGGAUGAGUUCAGGGGGAACGUUGAUCUGUGCAGCCAGUUUCACCAGCUCCAAUGUCUUAUUCAGCUGCUCGACUUUGUAGUACUCCUGUUUGGUGCGCUCCUGCUGAAUCCGUGUCUGAAGAGCCAAAACAAGCGACUCCUCGUUGUGAGGCCAUUUGUCUGAGUUGGAGCCAAAGAGAGUGUUCAUGAAGGAGGCAGACAUGAUCAAAACAUUUUUUGCACUGCAAAAUGGUAAAUACGUGGCUGUGCACACACCGAGAGCUGAGAUUUAAGAAAAUAUUGUGUGGCGGUGUACUUUUUAGAAAAACGCGUAUGUCUAUAGUGUCACUGCUUGGAAUCAACGUUCUGAACAACCCAGCUAGGUUCACAGACCCGUACCAAUUUGAGAUCACUUUCGAGUGUCUUGAGCCGCUGAAGGAGGAUCUCGAGUGGAAACUGACCUACGUGGGGUCGUCGCGAUCGCUCGAACACGACCAGGAGCUGGACUCGAUCCUGGUGGGUCCUGUGCCGGUAGGCGUGAACAAAUUCAUUCUCACUGCAGAUGCGCCGUCGCCGGAGCUAAUUCCUGCCAGCGAGCUCGUGUCUGUGACGGUGAUUUUGCUUAGCUGCUCAUACCGAGAGCGAGAGUUUGUGAGAGUUGGAUAUUACGUGAAUAACGAGUACGACUCUGAAGAGCUCCGCGAAAAUCCUCCGUCCAAAGUCCAAGUCGAGCAUAUUGUGCGCAAUAUCCUGGCCGAGAAGCCGCGAGUGACGAGGUUCAACAUCGUGUGGGACAACGAGGAGGAGGAGGAGUAUCCUCCCGAGGAGCUAGAGGAAGAGGAAGAGGACGACAAAGAGACAGUUGGAGACGAAGAAGAGGAGGACGAGGAUGAAGAAGUAGAGGAAGAUGACGACGACGACGAGGCCGACGAGGAGGCUGAAGAAGCUGAAGAGGUGGACGAGGUGGAGGAAGUUGAAGAGGUGGAGGAGGCUGACGAG